GAGGAGAUGGGUGAGGUCGCAGAGUCUGGAAUGAAUCAAGGGGGAUGGGACGGCCGUGGCUCGCGGACACCCCCAUCCGCCUCUCGCGCUCCAAUCCCGGCCCAGAUGGGACCGUGCGUGGACUGUGGCGGAGAGAAGGCGGGGCUCCGUGGCAGCGUUUGACAGCUGCAAAAAUAGAAAAUGUAUCGCGCAUAGAAGAUGAGGGAAAGCAUGUUGCUCCCAGCGCUCACUCAGAGAAUGGGGCGCGCGUCUGAGUGAAACCUUUUAAGUGGCGUAUUUAUUUAUUUGUUCUUACUGUUCUCUAGAAGCAAUUUGGACUAUGCAGCGCGCCUUCUCCUAUCCGGUGACGGUCGAGCGCAGCCGGACCAAGGAGCGUCUGGAGGCAAGUCUGGCCGGCUUGUGCGAGCUGGAGCUCCGCAAGCAGCGUCAGGAGGGCCUGGUCCUCGGGGCGCUGGCUCUGGGCGACCCGCGGCCCCAGCUAGAGGCCCCCGCUGCAGGGGACGUGUCCUGGUUCAGCUGCUGGGGCCAGGAUAACCUGACACUAAGGCGCCAGCUGAGUGCUCUUCAGACUUCGCCCUGGGGUCUCGUGCAAGCCCUUGAGCAACAGGUGGGAGAACUGCGCAUCAACACAGACCACCACGACACCGCUCAAGGAGACACAGGUGACAGCCGGCCUAGUUCAGGUUUCUACGAGUCAAGUGAAGGUCAAUCGCCUAAAGGGAGAACUUGUUCAACGGAGCCCACAGAGAUGGUCUCUUCCUGGCCUUACACCAACGACAGACCCAAGUCUGUGGGAGACACUCUUUUGUUGAACGGAGAAUCAGAUAUGUCAGCCCCUCAAAGUGGCCUGCUGCGCUCAUUUUCUGCUCCUCACCCACCAUUGGAGGGUAUCGCCGAGGAAGUGACACCAAUGGAAUCAUGGAUGCUAGAGUCCUGCCAGGUCAAGCAGCCCUCGGAGCAGCAACAGCAGCCUCCAGGGGAUCAAGUGACAGAGGAGGACUUCCAGCAAGCCACGAGGGUGGAGGGUUACAUACUUCAUCUUGUCCAGCGUCAUACCCUUUCACCAAGGCCAUGUCAGCCUCGUACAACUCUAAGCCCUGAUCCGUCAUACAGCUUUACCCCUGCACAUCCCUCCCUACAUAGGAAAAGCCCUUCUCUUUCCACAGAGCAAGGACAUCCAGGCCCUCAAAUUGACCUUUCAUCCAACCCCAAGAGCCCGAGUUGGGGUUGUGACCUUCCAGAGGGUGAGGCCUGUGGAGGAGAGGCCCCAUCUUUGGAAGAAGAGCGUUAUUUAAUGUUGCCCUACCCCCAGUGUAGGCCACACUCCCUGACUGGGACGUUGCCAUCACCUCUGCCCUUCUUGGACCCCAACUGCGGUGGUGGGACGCUUAACCUUUGCUGUGAACCCUCAACCCCCCAGCAUUGUCCUCAGCCCCCAAUUAAUCAGAAGCACAAUCUAGUAAGUGCUCAGUACAUCCCCGGGCAGGCCUGCCAUGCUCCCUUACGCUCACCAAAACACUUUAACCCAGCGCAGUCCAAAACCCAUCAGUCCUCUCCUGACCACCACAACGCCAAGCCCAAAAAUUCUAGGAAGGGCCACAAUGAAAAACAGAGGUCUAAAAAGUCGAGCAGUAAAACAGGUCGAUCACAGUCAGAGAACAGCCUACUCGGGCAGCGGGUGUUGCCAGAACGAAGGUACAGCACUACCGAGCGGCAUCAAGGCAGAGGGGAUCAGGCCCAAGGCCAAGUUGCCAAGGUUCAUGUAGGAAACAAUGGCGACAGAGCAAACCGACGAUGGUGUUCCAACUUAGAGCUCAGCCAAGAUGAAGGCGAAAACCACAUGGAGCAAGGUCAUAGGAGGCCACCUCGAAAAGCUCGCCCUGGUCACAGCGGUCACCACCAGCAGCAUCAUCAUCAUCAUAAUCAUCACCCGCAUCAGCAGCAUGCCCAGCGCUGGCACUCAGACUACCAGCAGCGUGCCCCACUUUGCCAAGGAGAGGACGCCUACGUGGGCGCUGCCCCCGCCGAGUCCUCGUCCAGCAUGAGCGAAGUGUACUCGCCAGCCUCCAGUUCACUUUCCAGUGACUCGGACGAGAGCGGGGGGCUGGUAUGGCCCCAGCAACUGCCACCUCGACUCGCGACCACAUCCUCUUCUUCCUCGCCCACAGCGCAGGCCGCCAGCACCAACCCUCCCGCGCAGCCGAAAGCCUUUGUCAAGAUUAAAGCGUCCCACGCCCUCAAAAAGAAGAUCCUAAGAUUUCGCUCAGGAUCCCUCAAAGUCAUGACCACCGUGUGAAUUGGUUUCAAAACCAAAGCAUCACAGUUUUUCUCGCCUCCUUGCUUUACCCUAAUUAAAGGCUGACGUUUCAUGGUUGCUUCCGACAAGCAUCCACAUCAAAAGUCAUGGCCUCUAUUUUCCUCUAAGUGACGUUAAUGGACGUGAUGCCAAAUUACACAAUGUUGACAAAGCCCGCAUUGUUGCUAUGGAGCUGAUGUCCAAAGGAAUUAUUAUUAAUGGCGCAUCCAUUCAUGCUUCAUGAAUUCCCCCUGUGUAUAGCCUGUGGCCUGUAAAAGUAAUAUUGUGACAACAAUUAAAAAACUGCGGAAAAAUCUUGGGCCACCCUUAGUUGUGUUGCUUUAAGUAAAAGCCAUAGAUCCAAAAUUACAAAAAUCUGUUUCUAUAAAAAUAAAAAAUGGUAACAACAGGUAGUGCAUAUAACAAUGCAUAAGCCAUAAAACUUUUUUUGAUGAUCUCAAUAAAGCUGCAGAUACCGUGAUUAAAUAUUUUACCUGUUGGGAUCAGCCCAUCUAUCAUCCUCCAUGAGCCAUGAAUUAGCUUGUCAACAGAUAAUCAACAGAAUCAACAGAUAAGCUGAAAUGCAAAUAGACGUAACAAUUUUGUAAUUAUUAUACGCAAUGGUCAUUAUACAGUGGGGCAAAUACGUAAAUAUUUAGUCAACCACUAACUGUGCAAGUUCCCCCACUUGAAAAUAUUAGAGAGGCCUGUAAUUGUCGACAUGGGUAAACCUCAACCAUGAGAGACAGAAUGUGAAAAAAAACAGAAAAUCACAUUGUUUAAUUUUUAAAGAUUUUUUUUUCAAAUCAUGGUGAAAAAUAAGUAUUUGGCCAAAACCAAAAGUUUAUCUCAAUACUUUGUUAUGUACCCUUUGUUGGCAAUAACGGAGGCCAAACGUUUUCUGUAACUCUUCACGAGCUUUUCACACACUGUUGCUGGUAUUUUGGCCCGUUCCUCCAUGCAGAUCUCCUUUAGAGCAGUGAUGUUUUGGGACUGUCAUUGGGCAACACAGACUUUCAACUCCCUCCACAGAUUUUCUAUGGGGUUGAGAUCUGGAGACUGACUAGGCCACUCCAAGACUUUGAAAUGCUUCUUACGAAGCCACUCCUUUGUUGCCCUGGCUGUGUGUUUGGGAUCAUUGUCAUGCUGAAUGACCCAGCCACGUCUCAUCUUCAAUGCCCUUGCAGAUGGAAGGAGAUUUUUUUUACUCAAAAUCUUUCCAUACAUGGCCCCAUUCAUUCUUUCCUUCACACAGAUCAGUCGUCCUUGUCCCUUUGCAGAAAAACAGCCCCAAAGCAUGAUGUUUCCACCCCCAUGCUUCACAGUGGGAAUGGUGUUCUUCGGAUGUAAUUCAGUAUUCUUUCUCCUCCAAACACGAGAACCUGUGUUUCUACCAAAAAGUUCUUUUUUGGUUUCAUCUGACCAUAACACAUUCUCCCAGUCCUCUUCUGGAUCAUCCAAAUACUCUCUAGCGAACCGCAGACGGGCCUGGACGUGUACUUUCUUCAGCAGGGGGACACGUCUGGCAGUGCAGGAUUUGAGUCCCUGGCGGCGCAUUGUGUUACUGAUAGUAGCCUUUGUUACUGUGGUCGCUCUCUGUAGGUCAUUCACUAGGUUCCCCUGUGGGGUUCUGGGAUUUUUGCUCACUGUUCUUGGUAUCAUAUUGACACCACGGGUUGAGAUCUUGCAUGGAGCCCCAGAUCGUUUUACCUAUUGCAGAUUCAGUCUUCCCAGCCUGGUGCUGGUCUACAAUUUUGUCUCUGGUGUCCUUCGACAGCUCUUUGGUCUUGGCCAUAGUGGAGUUCGGAGUGUGACUGACUGAGGUUGUAGACAGGUGUCUUUUAUAUCGAUAAUGAGUUAAAACAGGUGCAGUUAAUACAGGUAACGAGUGGAGCCUCGUUAGACCUCGUUAGAAGAAGUUAGACCUCUGACAGCCAGAAAUCUUGCUUGUUUGUAGGUGACCAAAUACUUAUUUUCCACUCUAAUUUGGAAAUAAAUUCUUUGAAAAUCAAACAAUGUGAUUUUCAGGGGGGGUUUUUUCCACAUUCUGUCUCACAUGGUUGAGGUUUACCCAUUUUAACAAUUACAGGGCUCUCUAAUCUUUUCAUGUAGGGGAAUUUGCACAAUUGGUGGUUGACUAAAUACUUAUUUGCCCCACUGUAGAUCCAAUGGAACAAAAACUGUAAAGGAUGGCCUGAGUCUUUUUGCACAGUACUGUAUAAAAUGACUUGCAAACAAUUGUCUCUUAAAGUCAUACAUAAGUUUAAUCUUGACAAUGACUUCAGUAAAAGCCUGAAAAUAUGCUCUGUUUUGACUUAAAAUUCAAAAUAGGAGAUUUAUUAUGACACAAACUAGAGCUCAAAUGAAAUAAUAACUACAAUUUUUGGGUGUUUGCAUUUUGUUCACCUCAUAAAUUAUGGUCAGGGCAGGAAAGUUUAAGCAGUCUGUCUUUAUUGGGAAUGUUCUCAUGAUAAUUUAGUAGACUUUCAAUACAAAAUGUAAUAAUAGUAAUCAUGGGAGGGGGGUGAGUGGUGAGCACAUCUGCCUUGCAGUUAUGAGGUAAUGGUUUGAAACCAGUCCCUGGCCUUCCUGUUUUGAGUUUGCACCUUGUGCUUGAGGGGAUUUUUUCCGUAUCCUCUGGCUUUUUUCUCACAUUUAAAAAAUAAAUAAAUAAAUAAACAAGCAAACGUGCACAGGAGCCUGAGUGAAUAUGUAAAGUUGUCCCUAUUUGCCUUGGACGUAAAUAUACUAAAUGUUCAUUUGUGCCCUGUGACUGGCUGGCAACCAGUCCAGGUUUGUACACAGCCUCUUGCCCAAAGUCAAUCGGGAUAUGCCUCUGUGCACUAAAAAGAUACGCGAUACAGUAAAAAGUGUUUUUUUUUUUUUCUUUUUUUUUUUAAUAAGUAUAAUUUCACUGUUAAGUUGUACAAGAAGUCUGACACUCAUGAUAAAACAAAAUGAUGCUAUACGUUUCUAAGAUACUAACAUGCUUCUUGCCAGAUUAUUAAGAAUUCACACACAAAAAUUUCCCGUUUGUUGCACUAUGACAUUGAUGACUGUCUCAAUUUUUUAUCAGGUGCUGUUGGACCAGCUAGUUAUCAUAGCAAGUCAUUUAAAAGGCACGGAUGCAGCAAUUGAAACACAGGGAUACACACAAUAUUACACAUUUGUAAAUAUGUAACGGAGUGUAUAUCCAUGAUGUGGCCUUUUAUGGAAUGAAUGUAAUUUUUAAUAAAAUGCAAACCUUUUGGUCGUUGCUACAGUAUAUUGACAUUUGGCUAGUCUUUAUGUCAUGUUUGUUGCGUUUAUGUUAUGUAUGUUAAUACCGGU